AUGACUCAGGCCUCAGAACAAAAUGGACAUAAAUCAGACGACAUAUCUUCGAUUCAUGCGAGAAUAGUUAUAUUCGAGCAUCCAUUUGCCUACCAAGUCCUCAAUCCGAAAACGGAACUUUUCUGCUCGUACUGUAUGCGAGCUCCAGUUAGGGGCGAGAAAUUGUUGAAAUGCGCAGCAUGUGACUUCGUUCGGUACUGCAGUAAAGAUUGUCAGCGGCUUGCCUGGAAGGUUCACCGGCCGGAGUGUCGGCGUCUGCAAGCGGUAUUCCCGAAUCUCCCGCUCACUGAAGUCUUAUUCCUCUCGAAAAUUAUCGAUCGAUUGAUUUUCUUGGCUGAAAAUGGAGAUAAAUAUGGGUGGGAGCGUGAACGAAAGUUUUGGUCGCUUGUAGACCACAAGGAUGAUAUUCGAGAAGAUCCCGUGAAAAUGGAGCAUUUUGAAAAGCUGUACAAGAAAAUGGAGAUUUUUCGCAAAGACGAAAUGAUCGAGAAGGAGGCGCUUUUCGACGUAUUCUGUAAGACGUCAAUCAACUCGCAUAGCAUCCACACAAAUGCUGGCACAGAAGUUGGCAUGGCACUUGAUCUCGGUAUCUCAAAAUAUAAUCACUCAUGUCGACCAACUUGUACGAUGGUAUUCGACGGGUACAGAGUUUGUCUCCGUCCAUUAGUUCCUGGCGUAGAUGCAUCUGAUGUGUCACAAGCAUUCAUUUCUUAUAUAGACGUUGGUAGAAGCAAAUAUGUUCGACGGAAAGAUCUGAAGGCCCGGUGGUACUUCGACUGUGAGUGCUCCCGCUGUGUUGAUCCGGCCGACGACAUGCUGACUGCAAUCAAAUGCUCGACACCAGGAUGUCCAGAGCCAUUGAUCACCUCUGAAACGGCAGAGCCUUGUUACAUUGCCUGUCCGAAAUGCCGUGGAAUGACCGACGAUACCCGAGUAAUAGAAGCUCAAGAGUUAAUGAAAAGCUUACCGGCCUCUUUUUCUCCGACCUGCCCAGCAGAGACGCUAAAAGAACUUCUGGCGAAGGCUGAAAAAAUUCUUCAUCCCCACAAUGUCUAUAUCACAAGGCUACGGACCGCUUUAUUCCAUGUGACAGGAUCAUUAGAACAGAACAUGGGCAUGAUGCACAAGCAGAUCUAUGACAAUUACAAAUUAUGCUUCCCCAAAGCUGAUCGUCAUCUGGGAUACCAAAUACUGCACAUAGUUAAGGACCUUAUCGAAAAGGGUGAACGGGAAGAGGCGAUUAGUUACGCAUUUGAAGCGAUGAACAUCUUCGAGGUGUGCUUCGGUCUUGAUCAUCCAUACUACCUACAAACAUUGGCUUUGUGGACGUACCUCGACAAGCAUAUUGAGAAAACCGACGAUGAACUUAUCGCUUUGACGCACUUCUCCGACAAUCGCCCCGUUGACAUUGUAAAAUUAUUGGCAAAGGCGAAUAUGCUGCCAUCGUCCGAGGAACUGCAACAAUCUAAUGGAUGA